AUGGUCAGGCGUAUCAGCGCGUCCCACGUGUCCAAUUUUUCCAAUUUAGACGGAAAAGAUGGCCCAGGAUUUGCAUUGACUCUUCCAGGAUUUGAUCCCGCGUCUUUCGCCUCCUCCCUCCACAAUGCCGUCGAUCAUCAGAAGCGGCGGUUCGACCGGUUCGUCAAGGCACAAUUGGGAAAGGUUCAACUGCGUCAGAAAUCGACAAACGCAGCACAUCUAGGAAGCUCUCAGCCUGCUGUGCAUUGGCCAAUCAAAAGGCGAGGAUCGACCCGCAGCGCAAUCGGUACCGUCCAAUUCGUUUCCGGUCCCCCUUUCGCAGCUGUUGCUGCCGACUCGCUAAAAGCACCCGCGUCAGGAGACCCGGAGAAAAAAGACGGAGGCGCUUCGUCAGCGGGAUCAGCGGCGGGAAAUGCGGUGAAGCCGACGCUCGCACAGUACCUUCGGAAGCCCAUCGCGCUGUUCAGCUUCAUCCCGAAAGACGCGGCGCUGUUUUUCGCCGGCGCCGUCGCGGGCGGCACGGCCAAGACGUUGACGGCGCCGCUUGACCGUUGGAAGCUCAUGCUGCAGGUGCGCAGCGUGCAGGUGCCUCAAGACGUCGCCGCCAAGCCGGUCGGGCUGCUGGACUCGUUCCUGGCGAUUGGUCGUCAGGAGGGAGUGCUGGGCUACUGGAAGGGCAACUUGCCGCAGGUCAUCCGCAUCAUUCCCUACAGUGCAGUUCAGCUCUUCGCGUACGAAAUGUACAAGAAGGCAUUCCUGGGCAAGAAUGGGGAGCUCUCGGUGCCUGCCAGGCUGGCAGCUGGCGCCUGUGCUGGCAUGACGUCAACACUGAUCACCUACCCCCUGGACGUGCUGCGUCUGCGUCUGGCAGUGGACCCGGCGUCAAGGGGCAUGCGCUCGGUGGCCAUGGCAAUGAUCCGAGAGGAGGGAGUGCUGUCGUUCUACAAGGGCCUUGCGCCCUCCCUCAUCUCCAUCGCGCCCUACAUCGCUCUGAAUUUCUGCGCAUUUGACCUCAUCAAGCGCUCUAUCCCCGAGAAGUACCGCAAGACACCCCAGGCCUCUUUCGUGACUGCUCUGUGCGCCACUACGUUUGCAACGGUGAUGUGCUACCCGCUCGACACGGUGCGGCGGCAGAUGCAGAUGAAGGGGUCGCCCUUCACCUCGGUGUUUGACGCCAUUCCCGGCAUCAUUGCUCGAGACGGAGUGGUCGGGCUGUACCGCGGUUUCAUUGCCAAUGCUCUCAAGAACCUUCCUAACAGCAGCAUUCGCUUGACAACGUAUGACACUGUGAAGCAACUGAUUGCAUCAAGUCGUGAAGACUUCGAAAUAACCAUGGCUGAUUCGGCGAAAGCGGAUUUCCUGCAAGGAGAGUUUGACGACGCCAUAUUCUCCAUGACAGACUUUGAGAGCAUCACAUUCGACGCCAUGGGCGACAUGGGAUUGGCAGAGGACGGUCUCGCCGCCAUGAGCGCCGCAUUAAACGGGCUGCCUGCCACAAACGCUGGUGCUACAAACGCAGGGGCGUCCGGUGGGACGGGUGUGCCUGUGCUGCCCGACGUCGUCCACGCGCCCAGCCAGCACGAGCCGUGCAGCGACGACGUGGCCUUCAAGUCCUAUGGACGUUCGGUGGCAGGUGCAGGAACCUGUAACGCAGGUGGUGGUAACACGUGCUCUGGUAUGUGCGUAUCUGGUAGGGAGAACAAGGGGGAGGCGCAUGGGGGAACGGCAACAGGGGAUGUCAAGCCGCGAACUUCAACCACUAUGUCAAAGCUAAAACGGGUCUUUGAGCCUGCCUAUAUGGAGGACGGCGAUGGGGCUGGGUUUGAAGGUGGUAAUACCAUGAGCGCUGGUAACCACAUGAAUGUUACAGAAUCCGGGGAGCAGCAAGUGAGGGGGAUAGGAGGAGUGCGCGUGGCAGGCGCUGCUGCUGCCACGUCAUCACCUCAAGGAGGGGGGACAAGAGCAGGAGCAGCUGGAGGAGCAGGCAGAGCAGCAGGCCACUAUAAACCGUCGGGGGGAAUCAGACGAGGGGUGAGCUUGCACGAGGGGCUAUCCAACAUGCGCUCCUUGCCCCCUGGUUCGCCCGCAGUGGUUCUCUCUCCCGGCGGAAUCGUGCUGCAAUCGCUGGCGUCACCGGCACUGAACGCGCCCUCUCAGUCCCCAGGAGCGCCCUCUCCUCGCUCCGCCCUGCCCCCCUCACCUCGGUCCACCUUUCCCCCUUCGCCUCGUUCCUCCUUGCCCUCCCAGUCCCCCAGAGCUGUGGGACUGGGUAGAUCCGUGCCUGCCUCCCCCUCUGCUGUCUCUGUGCCUGCUGCUAACGGCGCUGCUUCUGCCAGUGCUUCUGCUGCUGCUGCUGCUGCUUCUGCUUCUGCUGCUGCUGCUGCGGCUGCCGCUUCCGGCCCGUAUGCUAAGAUGCGCCGAGUUGCCUCUGCUGGACAGCUGUCGCAUUCCCAUUGGCCAGCAGCAGUUGCAGGCGGACAAAUGGAUGCGCACGCGCACAUUGGUGAAGGCAGUACAGGGGGACAAGGGGAGGAGGCACAGGUUGGAGGGGCAGAGAGAUUGGGGGGGGCAGGCGAUAUUAGAAGUACAGGCAAGGCAGGAGGAGGAGCAGGAGCUGGGAGGGACGGGGCGGGAGGUGCAACUGGUGCUGGGGUAUCAGGUAAAGGGCCUGAUGGGGCAGAGAGCACACGCCGCGUGGCAGGAAACCCAAUCAUGCAUGUGGGUAGCCAUGGCGACGGGGAUGGGGAUGGUAACGACAGCAAAGGCGAAAGUGGCGAAGGGGACGCUGGGGAUGGCGAGGAUGGCCUCCCGCCACUCCCCCCUGCAGCAGCAGCAGCGCAUCUGGCAGGGCAGCAUAUGCCUGUGGGUAUGGAGGGAGGGGUCAUGGGCAUGGGCGAGGGGUUAGCUGGAGGGGGCGGGGCAGAGGCAGCAGGAGCAGGGGCGUCAGCAGCAGCAACUGCAGCAGCAGCAGCAGCAGCAGCAGCAGCGGCGGCGGCAGCAACAGGCCUGGCAGGAGGAGGGUUUGCCGGUGGGCAUUUUGCAGGCGCGGGCGGAGGCAUGAGCGGCAUUGCAGGGAUGGGAGGCAGCAUGGGGGCUCCAAUGCUGCCGUCGUUCAGCAACAUGAGACGAGCUCACAGCACAGGCGAUAUUCAGUCCCUGGCUGCUAUGCGUUCAUUAGCCAUGGGCUUCGGUCACCUCCCAGCCCCACCUGGAGCAGCAGGAAUGAGCCCCUUUGAGGAUCCGGGCAUGGGGAUGAGCAUGGGCAUGGGGAUGGGCAUGGGUGUGUUCCGGAUCGGCCGGUAUACGCUGGAGGAGCGGCGGCUGCGGAUUAUGAAGUACCGGCAGAAGAGACACGAGAGGAACUUUACCAAGAAAAUCAAGUACGCGUGUCGGAAAAACCUGGCGGACAGUCGGCCGCGCGUGAGAGGCAGAUUCGCACGCAACGAUGAGAUUGAGGAGGUGAGGCGCUCUGUGCUUUUCAUGUGGCUCUUGAAUCGUUGCAAAAGGAAGGUGACCAAUCGAUUUUUCACACUCCUCUCAUCUUCCCUUCCCCACUCCCUCCCCAACAUCCUCUGUGUCCCUCACCCUCUUCCCGAGCAGCAUGAGCAACAGGAGAAGGACUGUCACAGUGGGGAUGGUGCUGAUGCUGAUGGUGCAUGCGCUGAUGCUGACGUGGACGUCUCAGGUCCACAUGGCACAUCAUCGCAUGACAUAUUGCCUACAUCGCAUGGUGACAUGUUUUCAGCAGAGGACUUUUCUGACAUGCUUUUAGAUGGACCCUUUGGGUCUGAUAAGACCAUGGCGCUCACACCGUUCGGCGGCUCUGAUCCUCUAUUCAACUCACUUCUCCGGCUGUCGCACAUCCCAGACGAGUUCAGCACGCUCUUCGACGCUCCGACAUCGAGGUUCGUGAGAGACAGCAACGCGAUGGCGUCAACUGCCGUUGACGUGAAAGAGACUCCCGAGGCUUUCAAAUUCAUCGCGGAUCUCCCAGGACUGAAGAAAGACGAGGUGAAGGUCCAAAUCGAAGAUAAGAAUCUGCUGACCAUCAGCGGCGAACGGACUCGGGAAGUGAAGGAAGCGACCGAUAAGUAUCACCGCGUGGAGCGGAGCACUGGCAAGUUCUUGAGACGAUUCCGUCUUCCUGAUAACGUGGAAGUGGAUAAGAUCGCAGCGAGCUCGGAGAAUGGCGUGCUCACUGUGACUGUGCCCAAGAAUCCGUUUGUUGACUGCCGGAUAGAAGUUGUUCGUUGCUGGCUAGACGGUGUGUCGUACGGCCGCGUCUUUUGGGUAGGCCGUAUGAUGGACGAUAGGUACGGCCGGUCAGGUAUGGCUGACCGGAGGCACGAGUUCGUGGAUCUGGGAACGGAGGAGCGGAGAAUAUGGCCGACGAGGAAGGGAGAUGAAGAGUCGUUACGGAUUGAGGCGAGGCCGUCGGCAUAUAUUACCGAUCCUUUCGGCCGUCCGACGAUUGAUUUCGAUCAGGGCAAGGAGCCGCAAGGAUCGAUGGAUUCCAUGGUGUGGAUAUCGAAUCUUCCGAACGACGUCAGGGAGCGAGACAUUGCCUCUCUCAUUGGAGAAGUUGCUGAAGUUCAGAUGGAUCCUGAGACGCGAGGCCUGAAGACGAAGCUCCAUUUCAACGGAAGGAACGGCGUGGUGGCGGAAGUGUGGCUUCAGAAGCCAGGGUCCGACCAGCACGUCGUCAAGUGGUUCGACGGCUACGUAUUCCAAGGCCUUCGCAUGAAAGUUACGUUGGAUCCUCCACCAAACUUCACGUCUGCUUUCAAGCCAGAUAUUCCCAUUGUAGCAGCCGAUCGCCUGGCUUCCUCCGCUCCAGAACGAAUCAGCGGGUUUUCGGAUCGCCCCGGUAUGCCGCUUUCAGAUCGACUCGGGUUAUCAGUCACGGAUCGUCUAGGGUUACCUGUUACAGAACGGCUUGGUGGUCCUGUCACCGAUCGGCCGGCUGGUUCCGUUUUGGACCGGCUUGGGUGGCCGGCAGGUUUGGCUUCAGGGUCCCCCAUUGGAGGCCCGGUACCGGACCGCGUGCGAGCUCCGGUUGCAGAUCGCCUAGGAGGUUCGGUACCAGACCGCCUUGGAGGCUCGGUAACAGAUCGCUUCGGAGGUUCGGCAGCGGAUCGCCUAGGAGGACCUCUUCCAAACAGGCUGGGUUAUGGCUCUUCAAGGGGGGAUGACGUGGCAGAUGGGUACGGGAACAGCCGUAGGAACGCAGGGAGCGCGUUAGACGUGAGUCGCAGGAGCAGCUUCGGGGAAGAUUCCGAUGUGGGGGGGCUGCAGCAGCUGCGGCACGAUAUGGGGCUGCAGCGGCGGGAGCUGUCGACUGGCGGAACACUGCUUGCCGUCCGCGGAGACCCGGACGAUGAGACGGGCGGAGUUGGCGGAAUGGGGGGAAGCGGCGGAAUGGGGGGUGGAAGCGGCGGAUUGGGUGGGAGCGGCGGAAUGGGUGGUAGCGACGGGAUGGGUGGUGGUGGCGGAUUGAGUGGUAACGGUGGUUUGAGUAGUGCGGUGGGAAUGAUUAGAGGCGGAGGGGAGGGUUACGGCGGACGGGGAAGCAGCGAUCUUGAUCGGAUGGCAUCUCCGCCACUGAAUGCCGUCGUUUCACCGCCGGCUGGCGGAGGAAGCGGAGCAGCGGGGGCGCGCGGAAGCGGAUCAGGAAGACCUAGGCGGUUGGGCUCUCCGGACCGUUACUCAUCACGGGAAGAUCCGCGGGAUGGGGGGAGAUAUCCGGGGCGAGAUGGCGGAAGGGAUGCAGGGAGAGACGGCGGAAGGGAUGCAGGGAGAGACGGCGGAAGGGAUAGGGGAAGAGAUGCGGGGAGGGACGGGGGGAGGGACGGGGGGAGGGACUUGUAUGGCAGAGGAUCGCCGCGCGGAGGACCAAUUGGGGGAAUGCGGGAGAUGGAGCAGCGGCGGGGGGAAAUGGAGGGAUUCGCGGAGCAGCAGCGGAUGGAGGAGCUGGUCGCUGCGGGCAUGGGGCUCGCGGGGCUUCCGCCGGGGGCGCACGUAGCGGCCGCGCAUUUCGGCGCGCGCAUGGGCAUGGGCGGCGGGUUCAUGGGGCCGCGCGGGAACCCGAACGUGCAGCCGCGCGAGGGAGACUGGAUCUGCGUCGAACCCAUGUGCGGCAAUCUCAACUUCGCCCGCCGAGUGCGCUGCCACCAGUGUGGCAUGCCUCGCCGCGACCAGCCGCCCAUAGUCCCCAUGCCCUUCGCGCCCGACCUCCCCAUCCACCGCAUUGGACCGCCCCCAAUCCCUCUCCACCCCCUGGGACCCAUGAGAGGCGUAGGGGACGGCCCAGGUUUUGGUAUUCUUGACGGUCAUGGGUUUCCAGGGAGUAUGAUAGGAGUGGCAGCGGCAGGGGGUAUGAUGGGGAGGGCGGAAGGGGGGGUGGCCGCCGGGGGGAGUAUGAUGAACGGCCGAGAUCUGGCGAUGGUGGGAUGUUGGAGGGGAGGGGCGGCGGAGGGGGGUACGAUGGGGGCAGGAGAGGGGGGAGUGCGCGGGAGGAGUAUUUGGGACCCGAGGGAGGGUAUGGGAUGGAGAUUCAUGGGAGGGGGAGGGAGUGGAUGGGUGGGAGGGAGAGAAUGA